CGAAGAGAGUCAUGCGUCUUAUUGUCUUCGGCACUCGGCGGGAAGGUCAUAUUAUUAUCACGGCUUUCCACCGUCUACUAGUCUUCCCUCCGCUUCUUCUUUUCCUCAUGCUUAUUGUCUUAACUAGAUUUGUGGAACAUAGCCAAUUACUUGACUUUCUCUAAUAAUACACCCACCCGAUCGUAUAUACUUUUAGAUACUCAUUCAAGUUCGCAUUUUAUCUACUAACAUCACCAUUAUCAUCACCACUAUAAUCAUCGUCGUCAACAAUAACCGUCCGCAUGAGUGCCGAACCGCCGUUCGUCCCGGAGACGAGCGUCUUAGCCGUCGCCAGCCAUGUAGGGAAAAGCCAAUGCUUCUAAGCAGUCAGUUUCCUAUUUUUCUAGUAGCUAAUAAUUCCCUCUUUGAAGGUUGUCUCAGGGAACGUAGGGAAUAAGAUCGCCGUCUUCGCGCUCCAGUCUAUGGGUUGCGAUGUCUCUGCUAUAAACACCGUACAGUUUAGCAACCACACAGGCUACAAGCAAUGGAAGGGCACGCGCGUGUCGGCACAAGAGAUCACGGAUCUGUGGGAAGGGCUUAAGCAGUCGUACCUCGACGACUUCGACAUGAUGCUCUCCGGCUACGUACCCGGCGCGGCCGCCGUCGAGGCAGUCGGGAAUAUCGGCAAGGAACUCAAGCGUAAGUCGAAGGACCAGAAGCCGGGGAGCUUCUUCUGGGUGCUGGAUCCGGUUAUGGGCGACAAUGGCCGCCUGUAUGUCGCAGAGGACGUCGUACCCGCGUAUAAGAACCUGAUACAAUAUGCCGACCUUAUCUUACCCAACCAGUUUGAAGCUGAACUUCUUUCUGGAGUAAAGAUUACCGAUUUUGCCUCCCUCGAGAAUGCGAUUCGAGUCCUGCACCAAGACUUCGGCGUCCCCCACAUCGUCAUCACGUCCGUCUCUUUACCGACCCUCGACUCCUCCCCUUCUCCGCAGGCAACCCGUACCAUGUCGGUAGUAGGCUCGACCAUGACUUCGGAUCGACAGCCGAGGCUCUUCAAGAUCACGUUCCCGGUGUUCGAAUGCUACUUUAGCGGAACAGGGGACAUGUUCGCGGCGCUGAUGGUAGCCCGCAUGCGCGAGGCGGUAACGAACUACGACAAGCACAGCAACGGAAACGGAAACGGGAACGGGAACGGGUCCCUAGUCGAAAAGCUAUCGUGGCUCAGUCCCGACGACGUCGACGCCCUGGACCUGCCCCUCGCGAGAGCGGCGGAGAAGGUCCUGGCCAGCAUGCACGAGGUCCUAGAUCGCACUUGCGCGAGCUCGACGGCCGAGCUGGCCGAGAAGCAAAAGGGCAAGAACUUGGACGAGAAGACGCUGCAUCUGCUGAGGUCGAGGGCUGCGGAAUUGAAACUGGCGAGAAAUCUGGGGAGUCUGCGGAACCCUAAGGUGGAGUACCGCGCGGAGAAGAUGUAAGUGGACUAAGUAGAUACUGGCUGGCUGCAUUGAUACUGCAUUGGGGAGGGCGGGUUAGGUUAGAUCGUGACAUUGGGGCAUUGGUGUACUCAUGUCUACUACCUAAAGCAUAGAGAGAGAAUAGAAAGUGCUACAUCAUCACCAUCA